GAGCGACCGUCUUUAAUAUAUUUGGUUGUCAUCACCGCAACCGCAGCGUUACAAAACAAAGCUCUUUUAAAUCCCAAUUCUAGGGUUCCAUCUCCGAUCCCGGCCUUGCAUCAACCGCUGCUCGUCUUCGAUCUUUCAUCGAUCCUCCAUUCCAUAUUCACUCUCUUCGCCGCCGGGAAUGUCGCCGCCUAAGACCUCGCCUCCCGGCCUCUCCCCGUCCCCGGAGCCUCCCGAUUGGCCUACGUGUGUUUAUUGGGGGAAAUGGAGCCUAAGUGGUGAGGAUGUCCCCAAAGUGACAUCGAAGGAACAAAAAUUAUCCAAUGUGAAACAGACUUUACAACAUGAAGUAGCACAGAUGGUGGGGAUGCGAGAAAAAAUUCAAGCUCAUAAGGAAAUUUUCUCAAUUAUUGAUUCUUUAAAGAAACAAAUUGUUAUCGAUCGUUGUGUUUACAUAGAGAAAAGAAUGAAAGAAAACAAGCUAAAGUUGGUUGGUAUCAGUAACCAUCUAUACAAGUUAUCAAUGGAAAGAACAAAUGACAAGCCAAUCAACAUUGAUGAAAGCGUAGAUCUACUGAAGAAGAGGCAGAAAGAUGCAAUUGAUAUGCAAAAUGGCAUUGUUCUACAUAAUGGGGAUGAGGGCAAUGAUAUUGAGAAAGAAGAUGGCCAUGCCUCUUCAGCAAUUUUGCUAGGAUCUAGCAUCGCAAUCAAGAAUGCUGUUUGCGCUAUCCCGCUUAUAGAUGGGAAUAAAAGAUUACCUCCUUAUACCACUUGGAUUUUCUUAGCUAGAAAUCAACAAAUGUCGGAGGAUCAAUCAAUAGUAGGUCGAGGGAGAAUAUAUUAUGAUAAAAAUAGCGGUGAAGCUCUAAUUUGUGAUGAUAGCGAUGAAGAAAUUAGGAAAGAAGAAGAAGAUAAAGAAUUUGGGGACUCUGAAGAUUAUAUUAUUCGUCUGACCAUAAAAGCAGUUGGUUUAUCUGAUGCUGCAUUGGAUGCACUUGCUCAGUGUUGUUCCAGGAAACCUUGUGAAAUCAAGGAGAGAUACAAAGCCCUUAUUAAUGGAGGGAACUCAGUGGAGGUUCCUGUGAGUUCAUUUCUCGAUAAGGAUCUUGAUGCAGCACUAGAUUCUUUUGAUCACUUGUUCUGUCGUCGAUGUCUUCUAUUUGACUGUAAAUUACAUGGAUGUUCCCAGGACCUUAUCUUUCCGGCUGAGAAACAGUUACCAUGGAGUUGCUCUGAUGAUGAAACUAAACCAUGUGGUCUGCACUGCUAUAAACUGGAAAAAUAUUUUCUUCCUGCUGAUCAUAUUGGGGCCCAGAUAUCCUGGGGUAAAUCUCCAAGUCCAUCUGGACAAAGGAGAAUAAAGUCAUGUCAGAAUGAAAGUGCUCCAUCAACUGGAAGAAACAUAUCAGGAAGCAGUGAUUCAGAUAGCAGAUCUUUCCAGGAUAUUACCUCUACUUUCCGUUCCAUGUUGCUACCGAAGUCUAAUCUCCCCACAGAGAGUGGUAUUUGUAAGAAGAACAACCAGAGAGUUACUGAACAUAUUUUACCUUGCACGCAGAAAAGGCAGAAGAAAGCAGUUCCUUCUGUUUCUAGUUCUUCUGUGAAUGCAAAUCUUACUUCUAAAGAUAUGGUUUUUCAAUCUAUUACGCUUGAAGAAAAUGAGGAUGAUACUUCUCCAAGGAAACAUAGAUCUUUAGGUGGUGGAAUGUCUGAGAGGAAGGAGUCUCCAACAAUUGACAGUCAAAAAUAUUUGCAACAGGGGCAUCCUCAUGGCCCACUAAAUGAGAUUAUUAGUGAAAAAUUGGUAUAUUGUGAUGAUGCCUUGCAGGAAGAGGGGUGUGCAUGUAGAAGUACCCAUAAAUGGAAAACUAUUGAGAAAGCCCUUUAUGAAAAAGGUUUGGAGAUAUUUGGAUGGAACAGCUGCUUAAUUGCUAGGAAUCUUAUGAAUGGAAUGAAAACUUGUUUGGAGGUAUAUCUGUAUAUGAGCUGCUCUGAGAAAAGGCUAUUCUCCCAGACAGGUGAUGGUGUAAAUCCUCUGCUAGAAGGCCAUUCAAAGGUUAAUGAAGUUAAAAGAUCAAGAAUUUUACGUAGGAGAGGUAAAGCUCGCCGUUUAAAAUAUACUUGGAAGUCUGCAGGCUACCAUCCUAUCAGAAAACAGAUUACUGAGAUGAAAGAUGAGCUUUAUCGGAAUUAUAGCCCAUGUGGGUGUCAAUCUGUCUGUGAAAAGCAGUGUCCCUGCGUUGUUAAUGGAACUUGCUGUGAGAAGUACUGUGGAUGUCCAAGGAUUUGCAAGAAUCGGUUUAGAGGCUGUCAUUGUGCCAAAAGUCAGUGUCAGAGUCGUCAAUGUCCAUGCUUUGCUGCAGGUCGAGAAUGUGAUCCAGAUGUUUGCAGGAAUUGCUGGGUCAGUUGUGGUGAUUAUACUCUUGGAAUUCCUUCCCAAAGAGGUGACAAUUAUGAAUGUAGGAACAUGAAGCUUCUUCUCAAACAACAGCAAAGGGUUUUGCUUGGAAGGUCUGAUGUAUCUGGCUGGGGGGCUUUCUUAAAGAAUAAUGUUGAUAAGCAUGAGUACCUUGGUGAGUAUACUGGCGAGCUGAUCUCACAUGAAGAGGCAGACAAACGUGGGCAGAUUUAUGAUCUCGAAAAUUUUUCUUUUCUCUUCGAUCUUAAUGAUCAGUUUGUUCUUGAUGCUUAUCGGAAGGGUGACAAGUUGAAGUUUGCCAACCAUUCUCCUGAUCCUAACUGCUAUGCAAAGGUUAUUAUGGUGGCAGGGGACCAUAGGGUGGGAAUAUUUGCUAAAAGGCGAAUUAGUGCAGGAGAGGAACUGUUCUAUGACUACCGUUAUAAGCCGGACAGCACUCCUGCUUGGGCAAGGAAGCUUCUUGCAUCUAGUUGCAAAAGGGAUUCUGCCUCUGCAUCGGGCCGAGCCAAGAAGCGUGCUUAAUCGACCAUAUAUUUGGGUGGUAUUGCAAUCUAGAUCCAAAAAGGAUUCUGCUUCUGCAUCUGGCCAAGCUAAGAAGCAUGCUUAAUUGUGCAUAUAUUUCAAGCUUAUUUGAAAAGGAUUAUGCUCCUGCUUCUCGCCGAGCUGAGAAGGGUGCUCAAUCAAGCAUUUAUUUCAAUUUUCUGUCUAGGUAUCUUCUCCAAGCUGAAGGUGGAUUCUUGCUUAUUUUAUUGCUGGAGUGGCCAUUUCUGCUAAUAAUUUUUACCUGGGAUUUGCCUUUUCCAUUUCAUGCUUUAUGUGAAAGGCCAGAAUGUACAUAGGCUUUUUAGUAAUCAAAAAAUUCUCCUUGGACGAGGAAACUUUGGUUGCUUUUAGGUAAUGGAAGUCUAGAUGUUACCUAAC